CAUCAGGCUUGCUCCCCUGACUGUCGAGCCCACCUACAAAGAUGGCUCCCAUAAGGGGCUGUACUAGGUAUUUGACGUGAAGUUACUUCUAUGCUUGCUAUUUUUGCGGUUUCGCGAAGUAAUUUCGUCAAUGAUUAUCUGAACAUACUCACGAGGAUCAGACGUGAUAAUCGGAUCGAACCGGGUGUAAACUUUUAAGCUACAAGUAGAAGAAAAAUACAUAGUUAUUCACACAGUACAUACAUACAUACACACACACAUACAGAUACAUACGCACACACACAAUUCGAUUAAAAAAAAAAGAGAGAAAAACGAAAAUUAAGUGUGACGGUGAAAGAGCGUGUGUGCCAGACAGAUCGGGACAUACGUUGUCGUAUGUCAUUAUCGUGCCAUUCCAAAUACGCAACAGUUGCUCAUUGACGUGAUAAAAAUAUAAGAAACAUAAAACGAACAAAAAAUAAUCGAUUGAACAAUCGAUUGAAUACAUAAAUAAAUAAAACAAAAAAAAAAAAAACACCGUUAACUCUAACUCAAAGUACGAAUACUGAAUUUUAAUUUUUUUCGUCAAGUCAACAAUUGUCGGUUCAAGCGCAGAUGACCGAAGCGCCACAGAGUAAUUCCUCAACACAGUCGUUUUUUUCUUGUUCUUGUUGAGGCUGAUUCAAGAUAUAUAAAAUAGAUGAAACAUAGACGCUAAGCGAGACAAAGGUAAAAAAGAAAUAAAAAUCAAUAAAAAAACACAAGACAAAACGAAAAUAAAAAUUACAUUCUCACAGAAACCAACAAGUAGAAACAAAUUAAAAUAAGAUGAUAUAGGUUUAGAGUAUUAAUUAAUAGUAGUACGAUUCGCAUCAGAAGAGAUUUGAAUCGACUUGACUGAAUGUCUUUUAUACGUGACCAUUUAACAUUUAGUAUAUUAAAAAAGAAACGAUCCAAUAAGUCAAAAGAAAGCUGAAUUGUGAUGUCAUUUUUUUUAAACUAAUUAAUUUUAAUUUUAACCAUUUUGUUGUUGAUUUUAUAAUUAUUUUAAUAUUUUCCAUAACAUUAUUGCCAUAACGAUGAUAUGGUUAAAGAAAGAGAGAAACAAACGUAUAAUAAUGAAUUUUGUAUUUAUAAAAUGAAUCGUCAAUAAUUUUAAAUCAAAGAAAAGACCCACGCGAACUGAGAAAGAAAGACUAGAACACAAGAAAAGAAAUGAAAAUAAAAAACGAAACUCUGGGUAACUAAAUUGAAUAAAGAGAUUAAAGUUUGAGGGGUAAAAAGCAAUUUUUAAAUCACCGGAAUCAAAUCUCUUAACAAAGAAAAAGCGAAGAAGUUGAACAAAUAAUUAAAAAAAUUCUAAUACGCAUAAUCUUGAAUAAAUAUAAAAUAUUUGUAUUAAUUUCAACCGUCAAUAUGGCACGAAAAACUGAUAAUGUUCGAGGCAUCAAUGUCGCCGUUGUCGGACUCUCUGGGACUGAAAAAGACAAGGGACAAUUAGGAGUGGGAAAAUCUUGUCUCUGCAAUCGAUUCAUGCGAUCACUUAGCGAUGACUACAGUGUUGAUCAUAUAUCGGUAUUGUCACAGUCGGAUUUCAGCGGUCGAGUUGUUAACAACGAUCAUUUUCUAUACUGGGGCGAGGUUGUCAAGUCGUCCGAAGACGGCACAGAUUUUCAGUUCCAAGUUAUCGAGCACACGGAAUUUAUCGACGACGCCUCGUUCCAGCCGUUCAAAGGUGGCAAGAUGGAACCUUACGCAAAACGAUGCGCGGCUACAAAGAUAUCUAGCGCCGAAAAGCUGAUGUAUAUAUGUAAGAAUCAGCUCGGCAUAGAGAAAGAAUACGAGCAGAAAGUGUUGCCGGACGGAAAGCUCAACAUCGAUGGAUUUAUAUGCGUGUUCGACGUUAGCGUCGUCCCUCACAGGUCAAUAGAAAAGCAGGUUGAAAUCGUGGCGAAUAUCUUGAACAAUUUGGUCAAGACGAAGAAGCCUGUAGUGUUGGUGACUACUAAAAAUGACGACGCUAACGAGCAGUACGUCAAGGAAGCGGAGAAGCUGGUAACCAGGAAAGAGUACAAAGGCGGAAUUCUUAUAGUCGAAACUUCGGCGCACGAGAAUAUAAACAUUGAACUUUCUUUCAUGAUAUUGGCACAACUUAUCGACAAAACUAAAAUGCGCAGUAAAGUUAUUCCCUUCGCCGAAGCUGCUAGAGCCAGGAAAGAGCUCCUUGACGCAUCUACAGAAUCUCUGCAGAGACUGAUACGAAUUCACGUUACCGAUUACCGUGCCCUCUGGUCUCAGGCAUCUAAGAAAUUAUCGCAGCACAAGGAAUUCGUUGCUUUUGUACAAUUGUUUGGCAUCGACGCUACUCAAAGGCUGUUCAGGCGACAUAUUAAGAAAUUAAAAGACGAACAAAUGGCCAAGAAAAUUCAAGGCUAUUUGGAUAUGUUACCGGAUGUACUUCACGAAAUUUGCCCAGAUAUCGCAAAUCUGAUUAACGAAGAGUGGUCAACCGUUCAACAAUUCAUAAAAGAGCAUCCCGAUUUUCAUCAGUAUUUCUACGAAUGUCCCGAAGAUAUACCGUGGAUUGAUUAUGAUUUUGGUGAAAAUAACGGCUCUAAGAUACCCUACGACGUUCUGGAAACGCCUGAAGCUGAGACUGUGUUUAAAAAUCACAUCAACGCUCUUCAACAAGAGCAAAAACGCUUGGAACUUCCGAAAAGAUGGAAAAAACAGUUCAAACAGUUACUUGAAGAAACUGGGUACGUUACACCGGGCAAACACUUGUCGGAAGUCAGAGUUUUGUUCAUGGGUAGAGAAUGUUUCGAGGCUUUAUCUCACGUCGAUUGCCAAGAAAUUUACGAUCAGCAUCAGAAAGAAAUUAUCGAAAAGGCGAAGCACAAUUUUCAGGAGCUGCUUCUUGAACACGCGGAUCUUUUUUAUCAUUUCAAAAGUAUAGCACCCUCUGGAACAAUUACUCAGGAUGAUAUAAAGGAAAUAACCGAUGCCCUGGUCGAUGACUUUAGGUAUAAGGCUUUGGAUAGGCUAGAUCAAGACAGAAAAUUGAUGUUGUUUCAACAUCUGGGUUUCGUCCACUGUCCAAUCAGAGAACACUGUCCGGCGUUUCCAAAUUGUAUGGAUGCUUUGAUCGAGCGUAUAUUAGGAACAAAAGCGCACAGGCCAUCUUCUUGGAACCACAGUAGUCAAUGGCAGCUAACUUCGGAUAAUAAUCAAUUGAAUUUGGUUAUCUUGGGGUGUAACGGACUGGGCGAAGAAUUUGCAUGCGAGAUAAAGGCCCAGACUGAAGACGACGAAGUGGAAAUUGACAUGCAAAUAUACACUCUCGGUUACAGAGUUAUCGAGGGCGAUGUCGGUCUUCCUCACAAUUCCUUCACGACCUCAGAUUUCAUGCCUCACGGAUCAUUUUGUAUCUACUCAAACGAGGAAUCCUUCGAGUACAUACGAUCUUCUCUCGAAAAGACUCUUCUGUCUAACUUGGAACAGGAAGACAGGCUUCCCUUUCAAGGCCUCCCUAUCGUCAUCAUGUUUGUAGCCGAUGCUUGUAUCGACGAAAUGGAAGCCUUGAGGCUUCGCGAGGAAGGACAAAAUUUAGCCGACAGCUUACAAUGUCCGUUCAUCGAUGUAUGCGUCGAAGAAUUGGAACAGAAUAAAAGGUUUCCCGCCGCGCUGGUCAAAGAUGCCCUGCAACAGUUGAUACAGUCUAUAAAUCAUCGAGCAGGAUUUCUGAACAUAUAUCAAAGCGUAAUCGAGUGCUUAGAGCCGGACAUAAGAAUAAUAAUGUGCAUGUUUUGCGGAGAUCCGUACUCAGUGGAAAAUGUUCUCGGCCCUUUACUCAGUCAUCAAUGCUGCUUCUUGAGCGGCGAUCGCUCCAUCGUGCUGGAGACAUUUUUAGGCGAAUCUAAGAGACGUGUCGCCGUUAUUAUAUCUAGCUUUCACGGAGCAAACGCUUUCAGGGACGAACUAGUUCACGGCUUUAUUCUCGUCUAUUCGACGAAAAGGAAAGCCUCUCUUGCUACGCUAAACGCGUUCUCUAUGAACAUUCCAAAUCUGCCGAUCCAAAUAAUGGCUGUGACGGACACUGGCGGAGCAAAUGCUUUUUUCAAUUCAGAUCUGAGUCAUUUAUUGAUAACAGAAGGUAACGCGACUGCCGAUAGACUGCAGGCGCAUUUUAUGACUUCCGCUUCGAGUUGUCAACAAAAAACCGCGUUCUACACUCCGUUCUUCAAGGAGGUUUGGGAAAAAAAACCAGAGAUUGAGCAGGCCUUCAACAUGGAAGAACCCGGCAAUUUGAACGACAGUGGUGAAGGAACGUUGGAAUACUCUGCUCUGCAUCCGAUGCCGCCGCCUAGGCAUGAGAGUUAUCACCUUCAGACGCCCGACGAUGGUAUGUCUGUUACUUUUAGGAGCGGGUCUGAAUCGUACGAGCAACUCACACCCGACGGUGAUCUUGGGGAGUCAGGGCUUAUCGAACAUUUCCACGAUAACAGAGCGACGCCGAGCGACGACAGCGAUAUUUACAGCCACGUUGAUUUUCAUCGCGAGGAUGCCGACAGGGAACUGUUGAUAAAGGGCGGUGACGUGACCAGCAAAUUAACUGGAUGGAUGAAAGAGACGUUUAUGCCUCAAGAUGGGGGAAUAAACAGAUAUUCUCAUCGGGCAUUUACAACCGGUCGUCGUAAUAUAUCUCAAACAAAGCCUCGGCCGAAGGGAAACAGUCAGACGUUGAAACAACCUGGGAAAAUAAAUUUAAAAGACUUUUCAAACGUCACGGAUGUCAUUGGAAGGAUGAAGAUAGGUGAAAAAGACGAACAUGGCUCAAAAAUUAAUUUGGGUCACGCGCCGUUAGCUACGCCUGAAUUAGUUGAUCUCGGUUCAGAAUACGCACAAGUUAAAGACGUCGUUCCAAAUUUGUACACGCCUUAUGAGGGUGAUUACAUGUACACCCUAGUUCACGAUCCCCUUGGCAACAAUAAAUCGAAAUUACGACAUCGGCGAGAAAAAGGACAGCCAUCUUACAGCGAGUCUGAUUCGGAUUCGAGUUCUCCAGAGCGGCAAAGGGCAAUGGAAUUCUUAGGUAAAGGUAACAAAAAAUCAUUGACGCACAAACGAAUACGUAAAAAACGUACAGCGAUACCUGUCGCUACCCCAAAAGUUCCUCUAUUGUCAAGUUUGGGAGGCGGCGAAGGCGUAACACGACUCAAUUACACAAUUAAAGAGGACAAAAACUGGCGACAUGAUACCAUGGAAAGAGUUUCCAGCGAAACUCCUGACAGUUCGGAGUCUAGCGAGCCUGAUCAUCUGUCCGGGCCACGUAUUAAACCGCGCAAAUCGGCUGUGCAAAAUUUGAGAAAGCGAUUUGGUAAUCUUUCGGCGCAACAAGAGUAUUCAUCCGCUAUGUUACAGCACCAUUUGAAUAUUAAGCACAUGUCUCAAGAGGCUCUUGGCGCACCUUAUAAACCGAGAAUGGACAAUGCUUACGGCAAUAUUCCUGACGACGAGUCUAGCCUGGAAGUUUCUUCGCCGAGAGAAAUAAAUUCUCCAAGUUUCGGCAUAUUGACCAAAGGUAAGGACGGCGAUAAAUUGGCGAGGAAAAAAGACAAACAAAAAGCUAAGGAGGAUGAAAAAUUGGAGAAGAGAAGACAGAAGGAGGAAAAGCUGAAAAGGAACGCGGAGAAGGAGAAGGAGCGAGAGAAAAAGAAGCAGCAAAAACAAAAGAACACAAAGGGUGGAAGUGCCGGGACGAUAUCCGGCCAAUCUCAGCAACUUCUUAUCGAGGACUUUGCUCAAAGCGAGACGAAUCGGAUUCCACUUUUCCUUGAAAAAUGUGUACAGUUCGUCGAAGACGAAGGGUUGGACUCUGAGGGUAUAUAUAGAGUACCAGGAAACAGAGCACACGUUGAACUUUUAUUCCAGAAAUUUGAGGAAGAUGGCAACAUAGACAUUCAUUCCCUCGAUAUUCCGGUAAACGCAGUUGCCACGGCUCUUAAAGAUUUCUUUUCAAAAAGGCUACCGCCUCUUAUUGACAAGGAAAGAAUGAGCGAGCUUGAGGAUAUUUCUGGGGCACGUGCGAUCAGUAAACCAAUGUCGGCUACUUGCAUGAACAUGGAAGAUCGUAGCGGAAGACUGCUUGCUUUGAGACAUAUGCUUAAAAAAUUGAAUCCGAUAAAUUUUGACGUUCUGAAAUAUAUUUUUCAGCAUUUUGUAAAAGUAGCUGAGAAUUGCAAAUCGAAUAGCAUGGAUAGUAAAAAUUUAGCUAUUUGUUGGUGGCCGACUUUGUUACCAAUUGAAUUCAACGAUAUGGGAAGGUUCGAGGCGAUGAGGCCGUUCCUAGAAGACGUAGUUCAGACAAUGAUCGACCAAUAUCCGUUCCUCUUUUGUGGGAAAGAAGCUAUUGUAAUGGUUUAGUGACCGUGAUUAACUGAUAAGUAACACUAAUGCUAAUAAUUAUGAUAAUAAUAAUAAUAAUAGUAACAAUAAGAAUAAUAAUAAUAAUGAGAAUAAUAAUUGUCAAAAGCGCGAACGGAGUCUGCCCUAAAACGUAACAAAAGUCUAGUUUGUGUAUAAAGUAUUGUAAAAGUAUUGCUUUCGAAAUUGUUUGCAACAUAUUUAUAUACAUAUAAUAAUUGAUGGCUUAGAUAUUGAGGCGUCCGUCGGUUACAAACAAUCUUUCAACAAAACGACUGUUUCAAUUAACUUUGGAAGUAAUUUUUUUUUUUGUUUUUUUCCUUUUUUUUCUUCUCUUCUUCUUUCAUCUUUAGUUACUUAUCUAUAGGAAAAUAAAGUAGAAGAAGUUGACAGAGAAAAAGAUGACUGUCCUGUCUGUGUACAAGCAUAACAAUUUUCUCUUUAUUCUAUUAUUUUCCUUGAAAUGUUUAACGUCUCCCCGCGCGCCGUGUAUCAUCGAGCUUUAACUGAUUAUUUAUUUUUACCUUCUUAUUUAUUUAUUUAUACAUUUAAGAAAGAAAACGUUGUUUUGUUUUUCACCUCUUCGCAGCUUAAAAAGUUUUAACUCACCUACCCUGAUGACACAAUGUUUAAACACUACGAAAGAUCAAAUUAAAAUGAUUUACAAAUUCGAACUUUGUUUUUGUUCAUUUUUUAUUUUUUAUUUUGUUCUCGGUGUAUCCGUUACAUAUGAUUGACUGAUUUUUUUUGUAUUUCCUCCCUUCAUUCAUCACCUAAAAAGACUUUCUAGAUCGAGUUAGUCUGUAAUAGACAAUGAAUUUAAAAUAAUUAUUCUUUAAUAUUCUCAAUUUCCUACUACUUGAUAAUAAUGAUAAUAACAAUAUUAAUAAUAAUAAUAAUAAUAAUAAUAAUAUCUAGUAUCCGUUGUAUUUACGUGGUUACAUACAUACUAUAUACGUACAUACGUGAUCAUUAGGCCGAAUACUAAAUAAGAUUUUAUACAUUCGUACGUUCGUAAUGGUAAUUAAUAGUUCGUAUUAUUGAUAAUAAUGAUAAUAAUAAUACUAAUAAUAUCGAUGAGAGAUUAUGAUGAUGAUGAUAAUAAUAAUAGUAAUACUAAUAAUAACAAUAUUGACAACAGUGACGGCAAAACAAAAGAAGAGAAAAACAAUGAAACCAAUUAACGACAAAUCAAUGGCAAGGGAAGAUUGAAAGAAACAAUAGAAAAUAAAAAAUGAACGAAGUAAUAAAUAAUUAAGCCAAACCCGCACAAUCCAAUCAACAUUCGGAGCUCGGAUAUUUAAAUAUUUUCCACUUGAAACAGUUUUCGAUGUCUAUAGAACGGUAUUA